UCGGCGGGGUGGCGCGUACCCAGAUUGGACGCAUGACGGCCGCUCUCAGGUCCUACGUCUAGCACGGGAUCCCUUUUCGGAUUUGGGGGGAGGACUGCGGCGAGCCGGAGGCAGUGGGUCAGGCUCUGCUCAUGGCGAUUCCAGCUGCGGAGGCGCCGGCGCUCGACUCUGGAUCGACGUCGACUGCCAACGAUUCAGCAGCGUGCUUGGGGGCUUCCGUUACGGCCGGUGGCGGCGCCGCGGCGGCCGCGUCAGGAGUAGGCUCGCCGGAAUCGGUCGUCCGCCCGUUCUCUCCUGAUACGCGUCGGUCGGAUGAGGGUGGGGCACAGCCGGCGGCAGAGAAGGCUUUAUUUGAUGUUGAGUUCUCCGGGGGAUCCUGCACCAUGUUCAGCUCGGGCGGUGGCGAUGUGGCUGUCGGACACGCCCAUGGCGCGGCGCCGCCCGUCGUCUCGCGCGGCUCGAUUCAGUCCUUACCCCACAGUGCGCAAGCAUCCACAAACACCACCAUCCGAGUUGGCUGGAAGCGCAGGCCAAGAGGGCCGCAAGCACCAAACGAGCGGGCGGCGGUGGUUGAUCGUGUGCCGGCACUUGAAGCUGCCAUACGAGGGUUCGCUGACAGGGGGACUGAUGUGGUUGUCAACCCGGCGCUUGGCACAAUUUUCGAUUCUAUGCCGGAGGCGUAUGAAUUCUACAAUCUUAUUCUCGUCGCUGGUUAAUUUCCCUGGUUAAUUUUCAUUGACAAAAGAGCUUGAAUUGCUAGUAAAAAUAACCACCGGAGUUGCAUGAUUAGGUUCUUUCUGUCCAAUAUUAUUCUCGUCGCUGUUUCUAUGUUGGGAUGGUGACAUUUUUUAGUGUUCAAACAUUGCAAAGGGAAAGCUAUACUUCGGUAUAAUCCAAUUGUAGAAGUUUGGUGAAUUUCGUGCAGCAGUCUGAAUGUAGAGUGGGGGAGAGAAUAUAUUCUGGAUCAGGCUUGGCAGAAAAUGGUCCUUACUCGUUUUCUUAAUCAUGACCCGGUGUUUGGUUACAGUAGUACGCGUCCCCCGGCAUUAUGUACACUGGUUAUUUUUCAUUGACCAAAAAAAUGUACAUCUUCCAUGGCGCGUCCGAUACCAAACAUCACGUUGCUCCCACCUCCGGCCGCCUCGAUGAGAAGGUUGAUG